AUGGGUAAAUCGACAUCAUUUUUAUCAUCAAUUUUUUAUCUUAUUCGAUCAUCCCACUCUCGUAGUACAGUUAUCAUAACUAUAGCAUGUUUAAUUGCAUGUGUUAUUAUUUUUACUAUGGCUGGUCAAGCUAAUUCCAUGGCUUUACAAGCAUUUUGUUCGUUAUGUAUAUUUGAUUUACUAUUUAUUGGUACUGCUUUACUUUCUGCAUGGGUUUUUGAAAAUAAUAAUACAAGAGUUCAUCAAAGAAAUCAAAAUUCACUAGAUAAUUCAACAUUACUUUUUAUUCCUACACAAACAAUUUCAACAUUUUCAUAUGGUACAGCUCGUUUUGAAGUUUUAGCAGUUUUUACAUCUACAAUGCUUUCAAUACUUGGUGCAUUUUUUAUUUUGAAAGAAUCUAUUGAAAAAUAUCUUGAAAAUGAAACAAUACACACCGAAUAUCUUCUAUUUGCAUCUAUUUUAACAUUUAUAGUUCAUAUGUUUGUUAUUUACUUUGUACGAAAUCAAGCAUUUGAUCAUGUUAUUGCUGCGAGUGCAUCAAGUUGGUUACAAGAACAUGUUAGUGAUAUAUUUCAAAAUAUUUGUCAUUAUAUUCCCGGUUUAAGUCGUCUUCUUUUACCACGUAUUAAUCCAUUAGCAUUACUUUGUUGGUGUGGUUUAACAAUUCUUUUCUCUGAUUCAUUUCUUUUAAGAAUGGGUUACGGAAAUUUUGUGGAUACAUUAGCAUCAUUACUUAUGGCUUUUAUGACAUUUGGUACAAUGGUACCAAUGGCAAUAUAUAGUGGAAAAAUUUUAUUACAAACAACACCAGCACCUAUGAUAGGACAAUUAGAUAAAUGUCUUCAUGAAGCAUCAAGACUUGAUGGUGUAUUAGAAUUUCGUCAUGAACAUUUUUGGGCUUUAUCAUUUGGAACACUUGUUGGAUCGGUCCAUGUUCGCUGUCGAAGAGAUGCUGAUGAACAAUUAGUCUUAGCACAUGUAUGGAGUAAAUUAGCAAAUGUUGCUCAAAUUUUAACAAUUCAUAUAUUUAAAGAUGAUUGGUUACGUCCCCAAUCACAUACAUAUACUCAAAAUCAAACAACUAAUCCAGUUAUAUCAAAUAAUCCUUCAACUUAUAAUAAUUUUGUUGUUAUAACAUAA